CUGUACAACACCCUAGAUUUUUGACACUGACACAAGUCUCACAGUUAUGAGCUGUUGCAGUGUCCUCUGCAGCGUCUCUCUCUUUAAAGACAAACACUCAAUUAGCAGCCGUCUAACGAGGUCAUUAGCAAUCCGGCGUCUUAAACUUUCCCAGCGAUGAGCAGUGAUGCCUUAAAUGUUGAGAUGACACAUUUUCACUGAAUACUGUCUUACACAAUUGCAGAUCCUGUCAUUUCCAUAUUAAUUACGCUUUCGUCGUUAAAACAUCACAGAGCUGUAAAAUACAAAUGGGGAAAAAUACAAAAAGCUGCAAUAAUAUUUACACAGGGGCAAAAAUAAGAGAGAAGGGCUUUUUAUUGAGUCAUAUUUAAGAUUUUUAUUUUUUUACGUUAAAUCCACAGCCAUAAAAUUUGAUACAAGGUUAGGAAAAUAUUUUUAUGAUUUGAAUCUUGAGUCUCGUUCCAUGUAAAGUUUUUCUCCUGAUUUAUUAUCUCUAAAUUUGAUGCCAAAUAUGAUGGACAAUGAUUUAUACUCUGUAUUAGUUUUCAUACACCAUUUUUUAAGUUUCAACCACAAACAUCAGUGUAGUUUUUGUAAUGUUGGAACCUAAUUUGAAUUUUUAGUUUAAAAAAGAUGCCUGUUUGGAGGUACAAAUGUUCCAUUUGACUAGUAGCAAAUGGAACAUUGACCAACAUAUUCCAUGUGUAUUUGCUUGAUCAUUUUAAUGAUGGCAUUUGACAAAAUGUAACGAUUUCUUGUUUCAUAAUUGGUGACUGCAUUAUGUUUUUCCUGAUAUAAAGCAGUUUGAACUGCCUUGUUGCUGUACAAAUAAACUUGACUUGAUGUAUAGAAACACCUUUUUUCUCCUUCUGUAUUGUUGUCUUUUAGCUUGUGAUAAAUGGAUGGUCCUUCCUAGACCAGGUCUCCCCAGAGACGUCAACCGCUUCGGUCACUCUGCUGUGGUCAGCAAUGGCAUCAUGUACGUCUUCGGAGGCUUUUCGGGUGUGCUUCUGAAUGACGUGCUGGCCUACAACCCUCCGUCCUGCCAAGCCUUCUCGUCCCCAACUCUGUGUUUAGCGGCUGGGUCAGGAGUUCGCUGCCUCUGGGUGAAAAGCAGAUGUCUCCCAUGGGAGUCCAAACAGCACGAUCACAUCGUCCCGGCUUCUUUCUGCCCUGCACGACCCGACAGCACAGACGAACAGUGCAUUCGCUUCUCAGACUGCGCCAGCUGCACAGCCAACACCUGGGGGUGCCAGUGGUGCAAGGACAGGAAGUGCAUCUCUGCCUCAAGCAACUGCACUGUGCUGACUCUGGAGCUGGCCCAGCAGCAUGACGGUGCUUUGUCUCUGUCUGCACCUCCAUCCAUGUUGUCUGAACAUCAGCUCAGCUUGUGGAAGCACGGCACACGAAGGAGGGGACAUUCGGUGAGAGACUCGUCCAGGUGCAAGCGGCGGGAGGAACAGGAGUGUUUCCAACUGGCCAGCUGCUGGAGCUGCUCCCUGAACAGCAACUGUCAAUGGGAGGUGCAGCAGCAGGAGUGCCAGGUGCUGCCCGGUGAGGAUACACACUCAUCAAAACACUUUAUUAAUGAUCUUGGAAAAAACAAAGAAAAAAAAAACACUUUCCACACUGAUAUUUCCCCCCUUGAAUCAACCUGUUUAUCAUAAAUUCUUAAUGUCUUUUUUUGCAUUAUUAAAUCAGUUGAUUUAUAAAGCACCAAUUCGCAACAAAAAUCAUUAAAGUUCAAUCACACAUACGUUCCAGUUGAUCAUAGUUGUCAAACAG